CAACCCUGCAGAGUCUCUUGUUUUGUGGCAUAAAAACUUGUUUGCGAAAGCAAACGAGGAAAAAAUGUGUCUUUCUGGUGUUUAAAUCAGCGUGGAUUGCCGAAAAUCAUAACCCCUCACUGUUUGAGCGCGCUCUUCGCUUGUUUAAUCCGCCGUAACUAAAUACAAUAUUGUUUAUAACGGGUGCGUCGCGUUGCAUUUACACGAACGCCGACGGUAACAAUAUGGCUUCCGAAAUCGCGGUAGUAAACAUUGGAAACUUUGAAAAGAUUCAAAACUUUUUAAAUGAUACCGCAUACAAGGAGAUACUCGAGAACAGCGAGAACUUCAACACGCGGCUGUGCAUCGAGCGGCGGCUGCGAAUGCCGUUCCUCGAUCCCCAGACUGGCGUCGCACAGACGCAUUGCGCUCUUUUUAUGAAGCGAAAGCAGCGGAUGCCCGGCUUUCGACAUGGCCAAAUCUACACGUAUCCCUCGGCACGAUGGCGCAAACCUAAGCGCCAAUAUUUACUUAAUCCACACCAUAGCUACCGCGCCUACCAGUACCGCGAGCACCAUCUGACCCACCAGCAUCAGCACCAUCACGUGCCGCCGUCUGGUCCUGGAACGGUCAAUGCACGUGAUCAUCAUCAGACGGAGAGUGCAGCUAUUGCGGCCACAGAUGGCAAUUCUAUGGGCGCUUCAGGGGACAAUGAUAGCAAGGACUCUCAUGCAAAUGCGGAGAAAGAUUGGUUCCAUGAGGACAUGGACUCAUCGCAUUACCAUCACGCCGAUGACUAUGAAGACGACUUUGACUCUGACAAUGACUUUGAUGAGUCGUACAGCAGUAGAGGAAAGCGCAAGCGUGGCUCACGACCCCGCCGUACGAAUGCAAAUGUGGAUGGCACACCGAAGCGGGGACGCAAAGGUGGCGGUAAUCGUCGUCGGAAUGCAGCUGAAGGCGAUACACCGGAUCGAAGGAGGCGCGGCGGUGCUGGCAAUAAUGCAAAUACUUCGGCUGCAGCUGCAGCGGCUGCCGCGGCCGUGGCACACGCAGCCAGCACAGCGGCUGCAGCAGCUGCCACUGGACUAUACACAAACCACUCUAACUCAGCAUCACCAAUUCCCAUUAUCGAUGAGACCUCACAGUCGGCUCUGGUGAUGACGCCCACGCUACCCACAUCGUACGAAAAGUCUUCUCUCAAUGAUGGUGGCGCCUCAAACGACUCAAUCCCUUUGGCCACCAUGGCUAGUAUGGCUAGCAUGUCGACAACGACUACUGCUACUCCAGCUAUAUACGCAACGGUAAACGCGCCACCAGCUAAUCCAUUGGCUAGUCCCAAAAAGCCCAAGCUACGAACGGAGCGUGAGGUGGCACAGCCUUCGCCCUACUGUGACUUCUGUUUGGGCGAUCAGCGAGAAAACAAGAAAACCAAUAUGCCCGAAGAGCUAGUGUCUUGCUCCGACUGCGGUCGUUCUGGUCAUCCAUCGUGUCUGCAGUUCACGCCCAACAUGAUAAUAUCGGUGAAGCGUUACCGCUGGCAGUGCAUUGAAUGUAAAUAUUGCUCGAUCUGUGGCACCUCCGACAAUGAUGAUCAGCUGCUUUUCUGCGACGACUGUGAUCGCGGCUACCAUAUGUAUUGUCUGUCGCCGCCUUUGGUAACUCCACCCGAGGGCUCUUGGAGCUGCAAGCUCUGUAUGGAGGAGUUCCACAAGCACAAGUAAAAUACAAUAAACAAUUGAAGAGAGAACAAAGGCGUCGGCCGGUCGCUCGUUCAGUGGAUUUGUGUGUCGAUCGGUAUCAUUGUAAAUGUAUUUUUUAUAUUUUCACUUACAUGCAGCUUUCGAAAUUACGUAUGCCUAAUUUAAAUUGUCAUUUAAGUAUUCCUUAGUAAGUCUCUAAUCUUAUGUACCUAUAUAAUUUAAUGAUUUUGUAUUCGUAACUACGCUUAAACGGAACGCCCCAAGUAUUCUAAGUAUUCCCAGACUUCCGCGCUAAAUGAAUUUACAAUGUUCAUUAUAUAAGGUCAUUAUUAAGCGAAUCCAAUCCUUGUCGUAUCAUUUAUUUACAAAGUUUUUAUGUAAAUCUUAUGAGAGUAAUCUAUGAAAUUAUAAUUAACAUAAUACCAAUAAAUACUGCAUGCCUUUUUGCAUAA